AUGCUUCUGUGCCUCCUGGAGAUGGAGCGGGGGAGUUAUGUCCGGGGGUGGGAGGCACAGCGCUCUGGAGUUCCCCCUUCUGCUGAUUAUGGGGGUCUCUGUUACAGGUUGCCAUGCCGUGUCUGUAAAAUAGAAAGAAGAGAGGAUGCUGGCAGUGCGGAGGUCCGUGCUUGGAAAGGCUUCUAUUUACACAGAGUGUGUUCAAUGCUGUAGAAGACGUUUACUGUGCGGUACAUCAAGACAUCAGAAUGGCCAUUCCAGAAACUACAGCAUGCCAGCAGGUGACGUCAAAUCUUUGCGGAGUAUCAUCACCCCUCCAGUAUCCAAGAUCAGAAACAUAGGGAUCAUGGCUCAUAUUGAUGCUGGGAAAACCACAACCACAGAGAGAAUGCUGUAUUAUUCCGGUUAUACCCGUGCUCUUGGAGAUGUGGAUGAUGGGGACACAGUGACUGAUUUUAUGGUGCAGGAAAGGGAACGUGGGAUCACCAUUCAGUCCGCCGCUGUCACAUUUGACUGGAAUGGACACAGGAUCAACUUGAUUGACACUCCAGGACACGUGGAUUUCACAGUGGAAGUGGAACGCUCAUUAAGGGUGCUGGAUGGAGCAGUCGCUGUGUUCGAUGCCUCAGCUGGUGUUGAGGCUCAGACGCUGACCGUGUGGAGACAAGCGGACAAGCAUUCCGUGCCACGAAUGUGUUUCUUAAACAAGAUGGACAAGACCGGAGCCAGUUUCACAUAUUCCAUUGAAAGCAUCAAAGAGAAAUUGAAAGCCAGGCCCUUGUUACUACAGCUUCCUAUAGGAGAGGGAAAAUCAUUCCAGGGUCUGAUUGAUUUAGUGACCAUGGAAUCCCUCAGCUGGAGCACACAAUCCAAUGAAGAUGAUGGGAGAACAUUUCAAAAGAAACCUCUGAGUGCCCUAAUGGAUCGUGACCUUCUGCAAUCAGCUAAAGAAGCCAGAAGUGUCUUAUUAGAACAAAUUGCAGAUUUAGACGAUGAAUUUGCUUCAUUGAUGCUCGAAGAAUACAGCGAGGAUCUUAAUCUCAUACCGGUAGAAAAGUUACAGGCUGCCAUCCGCAGGAUUACACUGGCUCGCUCAGCAGUCCCAGUGCUGUGUGGCAGUGCUUUGAAGAAUAAAGGUGUCCAGCCUCUGUUAGAUGCCAUCACGCUGUACCUGCCCUCACCAGACGACUGUUCCCAUGACUUCAUGUCCUGGUACAAGGAUGACUUGUGUGCUCUGGCAUUUAAAGUUGUUCAUGACCGGCAGCGUGGACCCAUGGUAUUUGUCCGAAUUUAUUCUGGAGUAAUGAAAGCGCAAUCUGCAGUGUAUAAUGUGAACAAAAACUGCACGGAAAGGAUGAGCCGAUUAAUCCUACCAUUUGCUGAUCAACAAGUAGAAAUAUCCUCUCUGCCUCCCGGUAAUAUUGCCCUAACUGUGGGACUUAAACAGACUGCAACUGGAGACACUAUUGUAUCCUCAAAAGCAUCUGCAUCAGCCGCUGCUCGCAGGGCAGGUCGAGCCGGAGAGAAGAGCAAGGACAAGAAGUCACAGGACAACCUUGUAUUAGCCGGUGUGGAGAUUCCAGAGCCAGUCUUCUUCUGUACCAUUGAGCCAUCCUCUGUAGCUAAACAACCCGAUUUAGAAAAUGCACUAAGAUGUCUCCAGCUAGAAGACCCUAGCCUUAAAGUGAAGAUAGAUCCUGACUCUGGACAGCUUAUUCUCUGUGGAAUGGGGGAGCUUCAUAUAGAGAUAAUACAUGACCGGAUACGGAGGGAGUAUGGUUUGGAAACUUAUUUAGGACCCCUUCAGAUUGCAUAUAGAGAAACCAUUCUAAGUGGUUCACGAGCGUCAGAUACCUUGGAUAGAAUGAUGGGCGACACCCGACACCAAGUGACGGUAGAACUGGAAGUAAAACCCUUAUCUGAUGACAGUCCGGUCGUUAAAUAUUCUGGUAAUCUGCCAUCUAGUGUAAAUGGUUAUCAGGAAGCAGUAGAGAAUGGCAUUCACAGUUCUUACCUCUCAGGGCCUCUACUUGGUUCUCCCCUCCAGGAUGUUGGUGUGAUUGUACAUAAAGUUAAUGUCCUACCUGGCACGUCAAUGACAGUGGUGUCAGCUUGUGUAUCACGAUGCGUGCAGAAAGCACUAAAGACAGCAGGAAAGCAAAUCCUGGAACCAAUGAUGAGGUUGGAAAUUACUAUGGGUGACGAUUACCUGGGCAGUGUCUUGGCUGAUCUUUCACAGAGAAGAGGCAAUGUUCAGGAAAUUCAGGACCGCUUAGAUAACAAAGUUGUGCUCGCCCUCGUUCCACUUGCAGAACUGAUGGGCUAUUCUACUGAUCUGCGCUCGGCCACAUCCGGCAGCGCCACAUUUACUCUACAGCUUUCAAACUAUGAACCUAUGAAUCCCCAGGACCAGAAUUCUCUGCUCAGGAAGAAGGGACUUCUAUAAACAUUAUGCCUUCCAGCUUUAUACUGUAUUUAUAUAAAAAUCUAAACUC